AUGAGAGAUCAGCCCGUCAUCAACAUCGAAAAUUACAAAAUAUACUGCGGUGAUGCUGAUGAGAACAAAGUAGGUGGCUGCGCGAUAGCUGUGAGGAACGAUUACAAGAACCUGGUGGAGGAAUUUGGCUCAACGUCGUCUAGAUGCUCCUUUUUACGACUGCGGGAUCGCAGCGGACGUAAACUCUGGAUCGUAAGUGCUCACGCACCUACGGAAACCGCUGAGGACAACAGUAAGGACGCCUUCUAUGAUGAACUCAAUGCGUUGAUGUCUAAAAUACCAAGCCAGCAGGUGGUCAUUGUCGGAAUCGACGCAAAUGCGAAGAUGGGACUCGAGCAGCAGUCCGAUGUGCUAGGAAAAUGGUACUAUGCAGCGGAGCACACGUCGGACAACGGUGACCGUCUGGUCGACUUCUGCGAACAGACGGGCCUCAUCAUCGUUUCCACGUUGAAGAGGAAUCAUCGACGCCAUCAGCUCACGUGGCAGGGGUCAACCCUUUUAACGCCUGAAGAGCAGCGCAAGCGGAAGAUGAGGACUCUUAAACUUCAGCUCGACUACGUUCUGGCAAGGAACAUUCCUCAGUCAGAUAUCCGAAAAUCUAGAGCUGUUUGGGACGUCGCGUUCGACUCUGACCACCGUCCAGUUCUUCUCAGCUUCAAGAUACGGUUCCACAAGAAAAACCGAGGAGUUCCUCUUCAACCGAAAAUCGACAAGGCAGGUCUGAAAGACGAUGAAUGCAGAAGAAAAUUCCGCCAACGUGUGUCUAUUCAUGUUGGAGUACGGACCAGGAAGAAGCUCAGCGAUGCGGAUUCCUUCACAAAGUGCAUCCAAAGGAAGCUGCGUCGUCAACUGCAACAAGACCGCGAUAACGAGUGGACGUCAAGAGCGAUGGAGUUUGAGAAGGCGUGGGAGGACAGGAACCCGCGGAAAGCCUAUGCUCUACUAAAACAGUAUAGCGGCAAAAUGAAAAGAUGUUCCCCUGUCCUCAACACUGCCAAUGAGGUAGCUGUCGGUGAAGCAACCUUUCCAAUUUGGAAGGAACACUUCAAAACCUUGCUGAACCGGCUAGCGCCGUCUGCUCCUGAACUCGAACACGUUCAUAGACUGAAAUAUGCGGUUAACGAGGAGCCACCGACCGAGUCAGAGGUCCUGGUCUGUAUUCAAAAAAUGAAGAAUGGAAAAUCUGGUGGAGACGACGGGAUUAGCGCAGAAAUGCUAAAAUAUCUUCCUCCGUCUGGGAUUCGUGAGAUGACAAAGAUCAUCCGUUCAAUAUGGAUAGAAGAAAGGAUACCUGAUUCGUGGAGACACGCUAUCAUAGUUCCCCUCCACAAGAAGUUAUCCGUCAGGAGCCCCAGGAAUUAUCGAGGAAUCUCUUUGCUGUGUGUUAUGUACAAAGUAUUGGAGCGCAUUAUCCUGGACCGACUCAUUAAACGUCGCGAAGAAACAACGCGCGACGAGCAAGCUGGCUUUCGUCCUGGCCGAUCUACGAUUGACUAG